GAUUAUCAAUUUCGGUUGUUGAUUCCUUCAAUUAGCGUAUAGUAUUGUCUAGAUUUUGAUUGAAAUUAACGCUCGCAAUAAUUUUUUAUAACUAAAAUUUCAUGGGAUGUUCUCAAUACUGUGAAGGCUAUCAUUGUCCAUCGAAUUGACCCCAUCGUCACUGUCAGCAAAUCUUCGAAUUCUCCCUCUGAAAUCAUGGACUCAAACAACUGUUUCGGAGGAUCAGAGCGACUUUUAGCCUUGGCUGGACAGCUUCGUCUCUACAAAGCUCCUCCAACACUCGAUGACACAGAUAGUGAAGAGCAAAGAAUCGAGGAGAGUACAGGGAAGGUUGUUUCUCAGGUGGGUUUUGCUGAAUCCGCAACGCCAAUUGCCCACCUACCCGAAAGAUUCAGACCCAAGAGAGCCGCUGUUCUUAUCUGCCUCUUCGAAGGGGACGAUGGUGAUCUUCGUGUUAUCCUCACCAAGCGUUCUUCAAGACUCUCUACCCACCCUGGUGAAAUUGCAUUGCCCGGAGGGAAAGCAGAGGAGGGAGAUGCAGAUGACGCUGCAACAGCAAUAAGGGAAGCUAGGGAGGAGAUAGGGUUGGACCCUUCUCUUGUGAGUGUUGUGACCGUUCUCGAACCAUUCUUGUCUAAGCAUCUUCUCAGAGUGAUUCCUGUGAUUGGCUUACUUGCCGAUAAGAAAGCCUUUAAACCUGCUCCAAAUGCUGCUGAAGUAGAUGCAGUAUUUGAUGCUCCUUUGGAAAUGUUCAUCAAGGAUGAAAACAGGAGAGCAGAAGAGAAAGAGUGGAUGGGAGACAAGUAUCUGGUUCAUCACUUCGAUUAUAGAACGAACAAUGAGAAGUAUGUGGUAUGUGGACUAACUGCUGGGGUUUUGAUUAAGGCAGCAUCAGUGGUAUACCAAAGGCCACCGGCUUUCCUGGAGCAGAAUCCCAAAUUCAAAUUUCCCAGUGUUGUAGACAAAUAUACUAUAAUGCCUUAAAUUUAAUGAAAUUUUAUCAGGUUGUAUUAUGCCUUAUUAUCCUCUGCAAUAAGAUCCACUUGAAGCAGUACCUUCAGUAAUUUGAUCUGCUAGAGUAAUGAUCAAUGUUACUUUUAAGUGUUUGAAACCAAUGUGUUCAUACUGUUGGGUUUUCCUAACACUCUGCUGUUAUGAAUGCUAUAUAGAAUGGAAAGCUCAAAAAGGUUUUACCAAAAAAAUUAGAGACUUGAGGAGGCAACUCGUAUCAACUGUCAAAAUAUCUUUGGCAAGGUGUAUAUGAGCAAACUUUUCUGUCACUUAAUUUUGACCGUUCAUCAGGUUAGUCAUCUUCAGCAACUUUCAAAAUUUUGUUUAGCAUAUAGUUCUUGAUUGAUAAGCUUUUCUUGCAGAAUCUUUACCCAAAAUCACAAAGCUUGCUUUCAGUUGCUCAUAUUUUAUCCAGAGUUUUUACUCAUUUGCAGGAAGGAUGCUACAAACUUCCAUUUUAGAGCUACCAAACAAUUGUAUGAUAUUUACUUGAAGCAACCCAGCUUCCAUUUUUUUUUUUU